GGAGCAUAUAGAAAAGAGGAGAGAGAGAGGAGAGGAGUUACAGAGUGAGAGGAAGAAGAGUUCCGGAGGGAGUGGGAGUGUAAGUCUGAGCAAGCCCUCGAGUCUCAGGGAGAAGGGAAGACACGGUCUGACCAGGAGGGGGGACUGGCCGGUGUGACCAAUCCAGCAAAUUGCAGCCUUCCUUCCCCACAAACCCCCGGGGGCAGAGCGGGGUGGGGGUGCACAGUGCAGAGAGAGAGAGAGAGAGCAUCCAUUCUGUAUUUGAGUAUCCCCUAAAGGUUGGGCACACAGCCCUCUGGAAAGUGCCAUGCCCAAACUGAGCCGGCGUUGUGCCCGCCGGUUGAGCUUCAGGUCAGUGCUGUGUGUGCUCUGUGUAGUCUUGCUGUGCCGCUGGUUCCUGGCCCUGAGUGAAAAGGGCUGGCUGUCCCUUGGGAUGGUGAAGCCAGGUGCUGGUGCAAUGCAGGGGCACUUCCUCUUGGUCGAGGAGAACUCCACCUGCUGGCGGAUCAUCAGGGGGGACAGGCAGGAGGUGGAAAGGGUCCUCCUCGAUUCCAUCACUGUCUCCCUCAAGCGCCAAGGCGUUACCGAAGGUGAUUAUCUGGACAUGACCCGAAAUUGCAGUUCCUUCCUGAGGGCCCGCAAGUAUAUCACUGUCCCCCUCAGCCCUGAGGAAGAAAACUUCCCCUUGGCUUACUCCAUGGUCAUCCACAAUAGCAUUGAGAUGUUCGAAAGGCUUCUACGAAGCAUUUACGCCCCACAGAAUGUCUACUGCAUCCACAUGGACCACAAGUCCCCAAGUCAAUUCCAUUUGGCCGUCCGGGCCAUCGCUUCGUGUUUCCAUAACGUCUUUGUCGCAGCCAAGCGAGAGUCGGUCACCUAUGCUGCCUGGGCCAGAGUUCAGGCAGAUCUCAACUGCAUGGAGGAGCUAUUGGAGAGCCCUGUCCCCUGGAGGUAUUUUAUCAAUGUGUGUGGCCAAGACCUCCCUCUGAAGACCAACCGGGAGAUAGUUCGCAGCCUCAAAGCUAUGAACGGCUCCAACGUGAUUGAGUCGGACCCCCCGCCACGGUACAAAAAGAAACGUUGGCAAUACCACCACGAUACACAUGACCGGGUGGUCUGGACCGGGCAAGUAAAGGACCCGCCCAACAUCAACUCCUCCAUUUUCGUGGGCAGCGCCUACAUCAUGGUCACCAGAGAGUUCGUCACCCACGUGUUCGCCAGCGCCGCGGUCAGGGCCUUCCUCAAGUGGUCGGAGGACACCUACAGUCCAGACGAGCAUGUGUGGGCGACCCUGCUGAGAAUGCGUGACACGCCCGGCUAUGUCCAGUACACCCGGGGAGCCGCGAGGACCCUCGGGCGGGCAGUGAAGUGGUCCUCCGAGGCUGGUGAUGUGGCGAAGGGUGCCCCCUACUCCCACUGCACGGGAAUGUACCGCCAUAUGAUCUGUGUGUACGGGGCAGGAGAUCUCCAGUGGCUGCUGAACCAGAGACCUUUCUUUGCAAACAAGUUUGACCCUGACGUGGACAACAUGGCGGUGCAGUGCAUGGAGGAAUAUCUCCGAAACAGGACACUGGGUGAAACCGGGGCUGGGGUGCAGGUGGGGGCAGGGUAAACCUGGGCAGUUGUGGUGGGGGUGGCUGGUGAGACAUAGGAAACACUGAGACUGGGUGCUGUAACAUUUGGGUAUUGACACUGGGCACUAAUACCGGACACUGUGAGACUUUGUACUGUUAUCUUGGGCACAGUAGAGACUGGGCACUGUAACACUGGGCAUUGAUACUGGGCAUUAAUGCCAGGCACUGAGACUUUGUACUGUAAUGUUGGGCACAAUAGAGACUGGGCAUUGUGAGAUUGGGCACUGUAACAUUGGGCAUUGACAAUGGGCACUGUAAUGCCAGGCAUUGUGAGACUUUGUACUGUAAUGUUGGGCACUGAGACUGGCAGGUGAAUUACUGCUCUAAGAACACUGUAGACAUUCCAGUACUGAGAUAUUGUUCGUCUCAGGGAAUGACAGCUGGAUGGAUAUUGAACUGGUCAGUCCAUAAGAGGAAUGGUGUCGGCCAGUCAGCCACAGAGAACGGUGAGAAAGAAAGAGAAAACAAUGAGUGGGCUCACUCUGACUGGCUUUCAGAGUUGGAGGAAGUGUUGCUUUGGAAGCUGCUGGACUGGGCUGGUUUUGCUUUUUUUUGUUUGGCUUUGUCUAGUUACAUCCCCAGAUAUCAACUGGUUGACAAGAAUCCCUGUCGUAAGAAAUAAGUAACAGUGUCCAGAAAUCUGCAGAAGUGGUUUACAUUGACUGGGGACUUUUGAAUUCAAACAAGAUAACAAGUUUCUGUGCCAGUAAUGCAAUGCAUCAUCAAAGGGUUUCAUGAAGGCCUACUGGCAACUAUUAUCUACUGGCAAAUUGCAAUUUUCUUUUUAAAUUUAUCCCUUAACUCUGUCAGGGUGUGAGAGGCGUCUUUAUGAUCAAAGAAGAUUGCGCUUAGAUCAGAGAUGAUUAUAAAAUUCCCUUGUUGUUCGUUUGUAUUCUGCUAAAGUUACAUUGUUAAAAUUUAAAUUGUUAAUUUGUGUUUAAGUUAUAAACUUGGUGCCGAAGAUCUGUUGUUUGUAAAUUUCUGGUUUAGGAACAAUUGAACAAUCUUGAGGGUCGUUGAAUGGAUGAAUUUCACUGUGCUAUGAAUCCAAUGAUAGAGAGGCUGAUUUGGUUUAGCUCGUUAUCCCUGUGUCAUAACUGGACACUGUAAGCCUGAGCUCUGCAAUGCUAAUCCUGUAAAUCCAGACACUGUAACACUAUGACAGCAGGUUUUGUCCAAUAGGUUUGUUUGAAAUCAUGGGCUUUUAGGGUUGCUGCGUGUUCGUCAGGCGAAGUCAAGGAAGGACCUCUGCUCUUGAAGUUUCUGAUUUCAAAUAAACCUGUCGGUCUACAACCAGGUGUCUUGGCCACCCCAGUCCAACACCAGCACCUCCACAUCAUGACUAGACAGUGUAACUCUAGACAUUGUAACUCUGGACGAUGCAACGCUGGGCGUCACUUGAAUGUAGAUAAAAAUA